GCGAGAACACAUAUGUGCAUGAGGACUCGGUGCAGAGAAGUAGUAGAAGAAGAGGAAGAAGAAGAAGAAGAAGAAAAAGAAGAAGAGGCGCCGAGAUCAUGUCUCUGGAUGGGAAGGUGGCGCUGGUGACCGGAGGCGCUCAGGGCAUCGGCAGAGCCGUGGUCAAGCUACUACUGGAGAGCUCGGCUAAGGUGGCCGUGGUGGACCUGAACGAGGCCGGCGGCGAGGAGUGCAAGGUGCAGCUGGACGCCGAGUUCGGAGAGGGUCGCUGCGCAUUCAUCCAGUGUGACGUGUCCAACGGAGACGCUCUGAGAGAAACCUUCCAGAGGACCGUGGACCAGUUCGGUCGCCUGGACAUCGUCAUCAACAACGCCGGCAUCAAUAAUGAAAAGGACUGGGAGAAGACCAUACAAGUCAACCUGACGUCGGUGAUUAAAGGGACCUACUUGGCUCUGGAGCACAUGAGUAAAGAAUACAGCAAAGAAGGAGGCACCAUCAUCAACGUCUCCUCGAUGGCAGCCUUCAUGCAUUCCCCCCACCAGCCCGUCUACACCGCUACCAAACACGGAGUCAUUGGCUUCACUAGAGCGAUGGCGGACGCGUCCUCUCACUGCGACUACGGCGUCCGCAUCAACGCCUUGUGUCCGGCCUUCGUGGACACGCCUCUGCUGCACUCGGUGGAUAAUGAGGACAACAUGGGCAAGUUGGUCAAGUUCAAGGACGAGUUCAAACGCAGCAUGAGCAAGUUUGGAGUCUUACAGCCGGAGCUGAUCGCCGAGGGGAUGAUGAAGCUGAUCACAGACACCAGUCUGAACGGAGCAGUGAUGAAGAUCACCUGCUCCAAAGGGAUCCACUUCCACACCUAUGAGCCCAUGUCGGCCUGACGCCGGGGGCUGGACUCAGCGCUCCGACCCGUCUCAGGGCAGGAGACCCAUAGGAACUGACCCCAGGACCAGUUGGACCAUUUGGUUGGACCAGUUGGACCAGUUGGACCAGUUGGACCACCGUCCGCCAAUGAACUGUAGCAGCUGUUUGAUGGGACGGAGGAACUGGUUUUCCAGACUCUCAGACAAAUUUUAAAAUGUUUAAAGACUAAAACUGAUCUUUGUUUUCUUUCACCUUUGACCUUCAUUUCUUCUUCCAUUUCCCUCUAUUUCCUUCCCUCCUUUAAUUUCCCUUCCUCCCUUUUUUAUUCCUAUUUUAUAAUUCUUUGAGAGCACUGAAGUCUCUGCUGAGGACCAUGAAUGUUGUGAUUUUAUUUCGUGUCAGAUUAGAAACAGCCUUUAUUUUUUUAUUGAUCGAUCGGUUUCCAGAGAACCCGGUCGUCGUUCGCUGUGAUCAGCUGCAAAAUGUGAGUCACGUCAGAACUGUCCAACAUCUGGACCGAGACUUUUCUGUGACAGCAGAUGUAAAUAAAAGUGGUAAUUUAUAUUUUUAUCAGUUAAAGUUUUUGUUUUGCUCAAACAGGGUGAUAUUUUUAUCUUUAUCUUCUUCAGGGGAAAAACAAACAUGUUGGUGUCGACGCGACCACAGUCGAGUGUUAACUGUUUGCAUUUUUAAAUAAAAGAGCCAUAAAAUAAACUGA